GCCCAAGCAAAGCUUCCACCACCGCGCCUAUAAAUGGCGCCCUCGGCGGCUGCGCUCCGGUACCAAUCCACGAUUCCUUACACGCUAAGGCGUCGACCUCCGGUUCUUCUUCUUCUUCCAUCCUUCCGCGCGACGCAGGCGAGACCAGCGCCCAGCACUCUGCUCUUUCAGCUGAGUUUGCUCCUAGCAGACAUGAGGAAGUCGAGCAGCGGCGGCUGCGGCCAUGUCAUCGGGGUCCCGGUCACCUCCAAGGCGUUCGGGACAGAGGAGGCGGCGUCCACCAGGGAUCUGUCGUCGUUCAGGAAGGGCGACGGCGACCACCUCGCCGUCUCGCUCACGCACCCCAGCCCGUACGCGUCUUUCGGCUACAACCACAGCAGCAAGGGCCAGGUGACCCACUGGGUGAGCAAGCUGAGCAGGCGGGCGCAGGGCUUCAGGGAGCAUGUGACCCUGGGCCCGAAGCUGUCGGAGACGGUGAAGGGGAAGCUGAGCCUGGGCGCGCGGAUCCUGCAGGCCGGCGGCGUCGAGCGCGUGUUCCGGCAGGCCUUCUCCGCCGACAAGGGCGAGCGUCUGGUCAAGGCGCUGCAGUGCUACCUCUACACCACGGGCGGCCCCAUCGCCGGGAUGCUCUUCGUGUCCACCAGGAAGGUCGCCUUCCGCAGCGACCGCCCCAUCACGGUGAGCUCGCCCAGGGGCGACACGGCGCGGGUCACCUACAAGGUGGCGGUCCCGCUCCGGCGGAUCCGCGAGGUCCGGCGCAGCGAGAGCGCCGACAGGCCCGAGGAGAAGUACAUCCGCGUCGCCACGGUGGACAACUUCGAGUUCUGGUUCAUGGGGUUCGUCAGCUACCAGCGGUCGUGGAGGUGCAUGGAGCAAGCCGUCUCGGAGCCGCAGUGACAGCGCGCGGCCCGGGUGGUGAGGAGGAGGUCCGGUGCAAUGGCGGCCCUGUCGGCACGACGAGAAGAGGAUGCUACGGGCUGCAUGCGUCGCCAUCUUUUGUUGCGACGAGGUAGCCGUAGUAGCUAAAGAUUGCCCCCAAUCUAAAUCCGGAUCGGGGCAAUUGAGUUCCUUCCGCGUACGAUUUUAGAUCAACUUUGUGUUGCUCGAAGCGGUUGCGUGAAUCAUGGACCGACCCAGUGAUUACAGUGAUUAACCAUUUGUGCAUGUUGUUGUUGAAUGGAAGAGCGAGCUUACCUUUCCGAAUUGUUUUCUGCUGUGCCUUUCUGAUCUUUGUACUAGACUACUAGUGUGUGUAAGAAGAUGAAAAUAUAACUCCGACUCGGAGCUUUGGUAGUA